UCUCUCACUCUCGACCUCUCCUCCCCGAUAAGACCAAUCCCUUCUCCUCCAUAUAUCCAAACUCUUCUCAUCAUCCUCCAUCCCUCUCCCUCACCACAAACCCUAGCUCUACCUUCAUCCAUCCUCACUCCAUGGCCUCCUCCGCCGCAUCGCCUCCCACCUUCUCCCUCCUCCCCUCCACCUCCACCUCCACCUCCGCCUCCUCCCGCCGCCAACCAUUCUCCACUCACCUCUCCUUUUCCCGCUCCCCCGUCGCCCUCCGAUCCCCCAUCCACCGCUUGGGCUUCGCUGGCGCCGCUGCGGACCCCUUGCUUGCAAUCCAUGUCGCUGGCAAGACCAGCGCCGUUGUUGGCCGGGGAGUGAGAGGAGUGGUGUCUAUGGCGAAGAAGAGCGUUGGGGACCUCACUGAGGCUGAACUCAAGGGGAAGGUCGUCUUCAUGAGGGCGGAUCUCAAUGUCCCGCUCGAUGAGAGCCAGAACAUCACGGAUGAUACGAGGAUCCGUGCUGCUGUCCCUACUAUCAAGCAUCUCAUGUCUAAAGGUGCUAAGGUUCUACUCUCCAGCCACCUGGGUCGUCCAAAGGGUGUCACGCCAAAAUUUAGUUUGGCUCCUCUGGUUCCUAGGCUAUCAGAGCUCCUUGGAGUGCAGGUUGGGAAAACGGAUGAUUGUAUUGGACCAGAGGUUGAAAAGAAAGCUGCUGCACUACCUGAAGGUGGUGUUCUGCUGCUUGAAAAUGUAAGGUUUUACCCUGAGGAAGAGAAAAAUGACCCAGAAUUUGCAAAAAAGCUAGCUGCCGUAGCAGAUCUUUAUGUGAAUGAUGCAUUUGGUACUGCACACAGAGCACAUGCAUCAACAGAGGGAGUGACCAAGUUCUUGAAACCUUCUGUUGCCGGUUUCCUUUUGCAGAAGGAACUUGACUAUCUUGUUGGUGCUGUUUCAAGUCCCAAGAGACCAUUUGCUGCCAUUGUUGGUGGUUCUAAAGUGUCAUCGAAAAUCGGAGUGAUUGAGUCUCUGCUGGAGAAAACUGAUAUCCUUCUUUUGGGUGGAGGAAUGAUCUUCACAUUUUACAAGGCCCAAGGCUUUUCAGUUGGUUCUUCUCUGGUGGAGGAGGACAAGUUGGAGCUUGCAACAACACUUCUUGCCCAGGCGAAAGCUAAAGGUGUAUCCCUCAUGUUGCCGACUGAUGUUGUGAUUGCUGAUAAGUUUGCCCCUGAUGCAGCUUCCAAGAUUGUGCCAUGUUCUGCAAUCCCUGAUGGUUGGAUGGGUCUAGAUAUUGGACCAGAUUCGAUUAAAGCAUUCAGUGAGGCACUUGAUACAACAAAGACAAUCAUCUGGAAUGGUCCAAUGGGGGUUUUCGAAUUUGAUAAGUUUGCAGCUGGAACUGAGGCAAUUGCCAAUAAACUGGCAGAGCUCAGCAGCAAAGGUGUGACAACAAUCAUUGGAGGAGGAGAUUCUGUAGCAGCUGUUGAGAAAGUAGGUGUAGCCGAUGUUAUGAGCCACAUAUCAACAGGUGGUGGUGCUAGUUUGGAAUUGUUGGAAGGUAAGGAACUCCCUGGAGUUCUGGCUCUGGAUGAAGCUGUGCCUGUGCCUGUGUGACAGCAAAGCUUAAUUUAUUUGACUUACUUUUCUAUCAAUUGUGAUUUUCCUAAGGGAGAGGUGAUACUCUUGUAGUGAUGUCUGCUACUGAGUUUCACUGGAAACUGGAAUCACCAUUGUAUGAGUUAUAUUUUCAGGUUUUUGGCAUUGACCUUGAAGAGAGGAUUCUUUUCUUCAAUCUUUGUCAAUUGUCACUUGUAUCUCCUUAGAAAUUGUUCAUUAUGUGCAGUUGAGAUAUAUUAUAACAAGUGUCAUUUGAGAACCUUUCUUUUAAUAAUAAAGUUGUUGAGCAUUGUGCUGAAA